UCGCCGCAUCACUGGACUAUGGUCGCCGCUGCACAGUGUAUCUCGUGCACAACACAUUCGCCGCUGAGCGACUCGCUAAGUGCCUCACAAAUGCUGCGCAGCGCAUACAUAGAAUACGAAAACGAGGAAGCGAAAGAGAAUUCGUGCUUGUUCUUUUUUUCGGUAGUUUGGUACAAUUGUAAAGUGAAGUGAAGAAUCGUGUAUGGAGGACUGGAUUGUGUGUAUAAAGUUAUAGAGUGGAUGAAUACUUCCCAAAGGCGUUUUUCGCAUUGUGUGCACGAAAUUCGAGUGAAACAAGGAAAAGCAAGCAAUUUGGACGAAUGUGAAAAGUUAAAUUUAUAAUUAAUUCGGAGAUAAAGUGCAGAAAAAGUACGAAAAAAGUGCCGAAAAGUGUCUAAAUUUGCAGUGAAAAGUGAAGUUUUGUGAAUUGUGUUGUUGUUGCUGGGCUCGUGUGUAUAGAGACCCAAGCAGCAGGAGGUGCAUACAGUCAACUUUUUUUCAACGAUUCUCAUACGCUUAAUCAGCCGCCCUGCAACCAACCAGCAAUUUAAGGAAGCUGUCACAGAGAGACUCAUACACGCACACACACACGCGCACAGCAACCGAUACAGAAGGCCUGUAUGCGCUACACCAACGCUGCUGUCAUUGUUGUUGGUAUAUUGUUGUAAGAGUGUGGCACUUUGGAAUUAAAGUGUACACAUUAGAAGACAAAGGCGAAAAGAAUUUCAUUAAAAUUAAACACUCGCGAUUUAUGUGAAUAAAAGCUGCCUAAAAUGAGCAUGUGAAAAUUAGCUGUGACCAGCAAUAACGGUAUAAACGAAACAAAAGCCAAUACAAAUGUUGCAAGCAAAAAGCCGGCAAUAAACAUUUACAUAUUUACAUAUAAGUAAUUACAAUAAACAGACAGUAAAUUUUAUAGAGUGUGAUUCGUAGAAAUCAAACUCAAGUGAACUGCUCAAGUGCAAAAUGAUACGCUACUAAAAAGCGCGACGAAUUCAACAAGUGCUUACAACGAGCACGCAAGCACAAAUAAACACCCACACAACCUGCAACAAAGGCACCGCUUCAAGCGCCCACCUAACAUACAGCAACGACACCUUAAACUCACACCAACAAACCAACCAGCAGUCAACCAGCCAUCAGCAAUUAAACAUUUCAACAUGCCACGCCCACGCUAUGCUGCACGCCUACGCCUACUACUCAAUUUGUUGCUCUUCGCCGCCAUUAUCGGCGAACAUCGCGGCGCUGCUGCUGCAGGCGUUGCCAUCGACCCAGAACUUUCAUCGCCAUCACCAUUCACCAUUGCACCGACCGCUUCGCUGCCAACAGCAGCACCAACAUCAUUAACACCAACCACAACAACACCUAAUUCAGUGCCAAAUGCCAGCAUUGCUGGAGGUGGCGGCGCCAAGUUUGCCAAUGACGAUGGCAGCACAACGACCGCCAGCAAUAUUUUGGAUGUGAACGCUUAUGCGGUGAAUGGCGUCAUCUUGGACACCAAUAAUGUGAUCGCCGCUGUUGCCGAUGAUGAUGAUAGCGAUACCGUUGAGACUGAUUAUCAGCUUCCAGCUGUUGCGCCCACCUCACCCGCUUCCGUGGAGCAGCAGGACCAACCACUUGUGCCACCCACCACGCUGUCAUUUGCCAAUAUUGCGCCCGCCAGCGGUUUGGAUAGCGAUUUGUAUAACAGCGGUGGUGGUAUUGCUGUUGGUGGUGGCGGCGGCAGCAUUACCGGCUUCGACCUAGGCGAUUUGGAUAGCAAGACGGCGACCACGUCAGGUGAUGCCACACCGCCGUAUGCAGCUGUGGAUGAGAAAUACGUGCCAAGUAAACCAUUGAAUUUAACUGUUUUAAAUGUAACAUCAACCAGCAUCACUAUGUCAUGGUAUCCACCGAAAAAUCAAAAUGGCGCCAUUGCCGGCUAUCAUGUAUUUCAUAUACACGAUAAUCAGACUGGUGUGGAAAUUAUGAAGAACUCACGCAACUCACAGGACUCUCUCAUCAUUUUUGAGCUACCAAAUUUGAAGCCAUACACCGAUUACCGUGUCAUUGUCCAGGCGUUCACGAUGAAAAACGAAGGCAACCCCUCCGAUCAGAUUGUGCAGCGCACCGAUGUCGCCGGACCGAGUCCACCGUAUGUGGUUAACCUGACGUGUCACUCGCAGGACGCCAUCGCCAUACGCUGGCGGCGACCGCACGAAUUUUACAACACCAUCGAUUUUUAUAUAAUUAAAACGCGUGUGGUGGGCCAGGACAAUCAUCGCGACAUACGCAUCAAUGCGUCGGCAAAGGAGUUGGAAACAGCGAUGAUACUACAAAAUAUAACAACACAUACGGAAUAUGAAGUCAGAGUUGCAGCUGCAACGCUAAGCAUAAUAAAUCCAAAGAAAAUCGUACUGGGCAAAUAUUCCGAACCCAGGAAGAUUUCCCUACAUCCCAAUUGUGAAAAGAUUCAAUCUCAGCUACGUCAAUCGCAUAAUGACUAUAAUCUCGCUGUGCUCGUUGGCAUCAUAUUCAGCUGCUUUGGUAUUGUGCUCAUCGUAAUGGCAUUCUUCUUGUGGAGCAGGAAAUGCUUUCAUGCCGCCUACUAUUACUUGGACGACCCGCCACACCAUCCCAACUUGCCGCAAGUCGAUUGGGAGGCACCCGUCGAGGUGGCUGGUGAAAUACGCGCCGCUGUACCGGUCAACGAAUUCGCCAAACAUGUGGCCUCGCUGCAUGCCGAUGGCGAUAUCGGCUUUAGUCGUGAAUACGAAGCCAUACAAAACGAAUCGAUUGAAGACUUACCCUGCGAACAUUCCCAGCAUCCAGAGAAUAAGCGCAAAAAUCGCUAUCUCAAUAUCACUGCCUACGAUCACAGCCGCGUACACCUGCAUCCCACACCCGGACAGAAGAAGAAUCUUGACUACAUUAAUGCCAAUUUCAUUGAUGGCUAUCAGAAGUCGCGCGCCUUCAUCGGCACGCAGGGUCCACUGCCAGACACGUUCGACUGCUUCUGGCGCAUGAUUUGGGAGCAGCGUGUGUCCAUCAUUGUGAUGAUCACGAAUUUGGUGGAGCGCGGACGUCGGAAAUGCGACAUGUACUGGCCGAAGGAUGGUGUCGAGACCUAUGGCGUUAUACAGGUGAAAAUGGUCGAUGAGGAGGUUAUGUCCACCUACACAGUGCGCACGCUGCAAAUCAAGCAUUUGAAGGUUAAACAGUUAAAGAAGAAGAAGCAAUGCAAUGCGGAGAAAAUCGUCUAUCAGUAUCACUACACAAAUUGGCCCGAUCACGGCACACCCGAUCAUCCACUGCCAGUGUUGGACUUUGUGAAGAAAUCCUCUGCUGCAAAUCCCGACGAUGCGGGUCCCAUUGUGGUGCACUGCAGCGCCGGUGUUGGUCGUACGGGCACCUACAUCGUCUUGGACGCCAUGCUUAAGCAAAUCCAACAGAAAUUAGUCGUAAACGUAUUCGGUUUCCUGCGACACAUACGCAUACAGCGUAAUUUCCUCGUACAAACCGAGGAGCAGUAUAUAUUCAUACACGAUGCGCUCGUCGAGGCGAUCGCCUCGGGCGAAACGAAUUUGCGUACGGAGCAAAUUGAAGAACUGAAGAACUGCACACCCUAUCUGGAGCAGCAGUACAAAAAUAUUAUACAAUUCCAAACGAAAGACAUACACAUUGCAUCUGCGAUGAAGCAGGUGAAUUCGGUGAAGAAUCGUGGUGCCAUAUUCCCCAUUGAGAGUAGUCGUGUCCAUCUGACGCCCAAACCGGGUGAGGAGGGUAGCGACUAUAUAAAUGCGUCGUGGCUGCAUGGUUUUCGGCGUUUACGCGAUUUCAUUGUCACACAACAUCCGAUGUCGCAUACCAUGAAGGAUUUCUGGCAAAUGGUGUGGGACCACAAUGCGCAGACCAUUGUGCUGCUGUCCUCGUUGGAUGAGAUUAACUUCGCACAAUUUUGGCCAGAUGACACGCAACCCAUCGAAAGCGAUUACUAUCGCGUCAAAUUUCUACGUAAAACGAACAAAAGCGAUUAUGUUAGUCGUGAUUUUGUCCUACAAUCGAUACAGGAUGAUUACGAGCUAAAUGUAAAGAUGCUGCACUGUCCCAGUUGGCCGGAGAUGUCAAAUCCGAAGAGUAUUUACGAUUUCAUUGUUGAUGUACACGAACGUUGCGCCGAUUAUCGCAAUGGACCAAUUGUCGUAGUAGAUAGAUAUGGCGGCGCCCAAGCGUGCACCUUCUGCGCCAUCUCGUCCCUGGCGAUGGAGAUGGAAUACUGCAGCACGGCGAGCAUCUACCAGUACGCCAAGCUCUAUCACAACAAGCGGCCGGGCGUUUGGACCUCCAGCGAGGAUAUACGUCUCAUCUACAAUAUAUUGUCGUUUUUGCCACGCAAUCUGCAAUUGCUCGAACGCACAGCGUUGCGCACCGAAUUCGAGGAUGUGACAACGGCCACGCCGGAUCUCUACAGUAAAAUCUGUAGCAAUGGUAAUAUAAAUGCCCAGCAAAAUUGCAAUAAUUUGGUCUAUCAUAAUAAUAGUAGUAGCGUAAAUCAUAGUAAUAGUAUUAGUAAUACAAAUGUGCUAAAUGCAAAUGCCAUUGCAAAUGCUUGUAAUAAUACCAACAACACCACAAACAAUUUGCAUACAAAUUAUACAAUAAACACUAUAACAACAACAACAACGACUGCAACAGCUACUACACCGACAACAACUGCUGAUACUAGUGGUGGCACAUUGACAGCACCACAAACGCUGACACCCAAUACGAGCGCAAAUAAUUUACAAUAUCAACAACACCAACAACAACCACCUCAUUAUGCAUCACAACACAUGCAGCAGUCGCAAUCACCAAUAACAACAACCACCAACACAUCUGCACCAAUUCAAUAUACACCUUCACCACCAACAAAUCAAAUAAACUCACAGACACCACCACCAACAACAACAACACUACCAUCACCAUCAACACCAUCAUCAUCAGCAUCAGCAACAACAUCACCAGUAGCACCACUAACAUCAAACGCUGUGAACAAUAAUUGUACGCCUAUGUUUACAACAACAACACCGGAUUUGACAAAUAUGACGACCAACAACAGCAACAGCAACAUCAUCAACACUAACACUUGUAAUGCUAAUCUAAUUGGUAAUGCUAAUUAUAAUGAAAAUUUCGCUAAUACUAAUACUACUACUAAUGCCUACACUACUACCAACACCAACACCAAUACUAACCAACAUACUACAACAACAAAACCUUAUUGUAUAUCCUCCAAUACCAACACCAAUACCAACAACACAACCACAACCAAUACCGAUUCCGUUUCCACAAAUCAUUUUACAACAAAUACAACAACACCCACUUCCAUUGCUGCUAUUUCCACUAAUGGUGAACGGUUUUCUCUUGUAAAUAAUUUGCAAUCACAACAACAACCACAACAUCAAUAUGAACCAACUCAUCUGCACCAACAUCAACAUAAUCAACAACAACAACAACUAUCGUCUUUAACGGACGCUGUUGCGGAACUACAAUUGUAUGGCGCGAAUGGCAAUCCAAUCGUGACAACAACCAAUGGCAUCGAUUGUUAUACAUCGCUACCGCCACCGCCACCCGCUUUCGAUAAUGAUCCUGUUGUGGCUCUACAACAACAACAACACCUGCAUCAACAACUGCAACAACAACAACACAAUUUGGAUCCACUAAAUUCGAAUGCUGAUGUGAAUUCAACAACAUCAACACCCUGCUCGGAUGACACAAUUGAUGGUCUAACUCCGUUAUUACCCCCGCCACCGCCACAAUAUCCCAACGCCUAUGCGAAUAACACUUGCAACAUGGCUGAUGUUAACUCCUUAACAACACCGUUAACAAAAUCCUCAUCCAACACUUCUUUAACUUCGUCAAAUGCCACGUCUAAUUACACUGGUAAUGGUUAUGGUAAUGGUAAUGGGAAUAAUAUUGAAACCAUUUUGCAUGGUAAUGGUAAUGGUAACGGUUUAUUAAAUGCUAAUAAUACUAAUACAACACAAUUGACAAAUCUAACAACAACUAAAGCAGCGACUGUUACAGAUGCUCAAAGUUUAGAUAUUGUAGGUUAGAAUUACAAAAAAAAAAUAAAAAAUUAAAAAUAUAAAUAUAAAUAUAAAUAUAUAUGUAUAAAUAUAUUAAAUUAAAAUUACAUAUAAAUAUUAGUAGCCACUAAGUUUUAGGCAGUAAGGCAACAGUGAAAUUUAUAAAUAGACUAACAAAUUAUUUUUAUGCAAAUUAAAUGAAAUAAAAAAUAUAAGUUAAAAAGCAAAAACAACAAAGAAAUGUGAAAAACAAAUGCUCGCGAAACCGUUAGGCAUCACUGUAAAUUUUUCCAACGAAACUGGCAGUCAACUGCUGCUUAAAUAACAGUACAUAAUGUUGUGCUGCGCAUGCGCAAUAUUGUUGCGUAAGCGAAAAGUAAAAUAUUUAUUUUUAAAUAAUCAUAUUUUUAAGUAAUUACUGUUUACAGUUAAGCUAUAAAUUUUGUAACUUUUGCUUUAAAAUAUUUGAACGCUAUAUUUAUUACAAUUUAAUUAACUUACUAUCAUAUAUUUAUGUAAAAAAAAAAAAUAAAAAUUUAGUUGCAAUAAUUUAUUAUGUGCGCAUUAGGGUUGUCCUCAAAAGUUUGUCGCAAACUUUUAUAUACUUUCGCCAUAAAUAAAUGGUUAAAAAAAUUAUUGAAAAAGCAAACAAAACCACACUUUAUAAACGUAUUUAUAUUAUAUUAAAUAUAUUGUUUAAUUGUUUCAUAUAUUAUAAGCCAAUAAUGUGUAGAAACUAAGUUUUGUCGCGUACAUUGUAUUACAAAUGGUUUUUAACCCAUCUGUUUCGUACACACACCCAGUCUUAGUCUUAUGAGCGUAUGUAUACCGAGCAAAAUACAAAAGAGAAAUUAUUGAAAAACAAAUUAAUAUAAUUAUAUUUAAUUAUCAGCAUCACAAGCGUGCAAACGCCCACAAUUGUAUAGUCAUAAUUCACAAACAAACAAAAAAAGCAAAAAACAAAAACAAAAUCCAUCUCAUAUGUUAAAUAAAGAAUAAAACAAAAAAAUAUAUACUUAUAUGCAAAGUAAAGCAUGAAAUAUCAUACAACUUUAAAUGCAUGCACUUUAUUGAUUUCUGCGUGUUUAGUACUCGUAAGUAACCACCAAAUGCAUAUACAUACUCGUAUGUUGCAUUGUUUAACUGUUGUGUGUUUCUAAGUAAAUUUCUGCGACUUCGCACGACGCUUUCGUGAACUUUCUACAAAAACUUAUGUGUAUAAUAUUUAAAAAUGCAAAAAUAUUGCUGGCAGAUGCACGAUUUGGUUCGAAGCAGCAUAAAACAAAUAUUGGUAAAUGUUGCUAGCAACACGUUGCACAAUAAAAUUUAGCAAAAUUUUAUUUUAUUAAUUUAUUUUAAAAUUUUGGCGAUAGUGACAUCAUUUUUCGUGUUACUGGCUUUCUGCAACAUGUUGCAGCAUAAUGUUGCGCAACAUUUACAAUUAUAAUACAUUAAAAAUGCACAAAUGCAUUAGUUUUUUAUUGUUUUUGGCGCAAUUUUAAGAAAGUUGUAACUUUUUUGGAGUUGUAUACAUUAACUUCGCUAACAUGUUGCAGCAUAAUGUUGCGCAACAUUUAAAAUUUCAAUACAUUAAAUAUAUGAAAUUGCUUUCGUUAUUUAUUGUUUUUGGAGUUAUUUAAUGAAAGUUAUAACUUUUUUGGAGUUGUAUACAUAAAUUUCGCUAAAAAGUGGGGUUGCAAAAUGUUGCGCAACAUUGUUUAUAAGCUGUUUGAGGUAUUUGAAAGGAUUUUUUUCGUAAAAACAAAUAUCAAAAUCGUAUUUAAUGCAAAUGCUUAGAUUUUUUUACUCUUUAUUUCAAAAAUAUACUGUAAAAAACUGCUAUCUAUACAUGUUGCUGCAGCGAAAUGUUGCUCAAUAAUUUUUUUACGACUUUUGAACGAAUUUCAUAUUUUUUAAACAUCACAUACGCUUACACGGAAUUAAUAAUUAAUUUGAAAAAAUUAGUUAAAUGUUGCUCAACAUUGUUGCCAGCAUUUUUCUAUAUCGUUGCGGAUACUAUUUGACCCUUUCUUGCUAAAACCGACAGUAGUAGCUUUCGAACACAAUAUUGCAAGUCAUUGGUUUUUAAUUUUCUGCUGUAAAAUUUAGCAAGGAGUGCAAAUUAGACACAAUGUUGUCGAAAAAUGUUGCCAAACAUUUCUAACCGAUUUUUUAAGCGCUCAAUGUGUUUUAAUACUAGAAAAUGUUGUCUCAUUCAAUAAUUAUUUUACUUUUGAUAAUUUUUAAUCAAUAUUUGAUUUUAGUUAAUUUUAUUUAAUUUUUUUGUAAUAAUUUUUUUUUUUGAAAAAAAUAAUAUUUUAAUAUUUUUUUGUUUAAUUUUUUUAUUGUUAUUUUUUCAUUUUUUAAUAAAAAAUUUAAAUUUUAUUAAAGAAAUUCUAUUUACAAAUUGUUCUAGUUUUUUAGAAAUUGCCAGCAAUAAAAAUUUAUUACAACAACAAAAUAAAUAUAUAUUUAUUUUCACAUGGAUCUUUACAUGUCGAAAGGUUAUUAUUUUGCACAUAAAAAAAAAUAAAAAUAAAUACUACUUUGCACAACAAAAUUUAAAUUAAAUGUCAAACUACUGAGUGUCCUUGUCUUGUUUCUCAUUUGUGUAUAUUCGUCCGUCCUCAUACUUUUCCUUUCAGCACAAAGGCAUAUUUAUGAACAUAAAACAAAAAACAAAAAAUGAAAAAUUCAAAAGUAGUGUUACCGAUUGCACAAAAAAGUCACGCAAAACUAGCAAAUACAAAAAGAAAAAGAAAUUUAGAACGAAAAUAAAACUAGUUGAUAAACACUGUAAACAUACAUACAUAUAUUUAGUAUAUAAGUAAAUUAUUUAUAAAGAGAGCGAAGACGGAAUAUUGUGUACAAUUGUAAAUUUGACCACUGUAAACUAGCAAACUACUAAGCAAAUUAAACAUUUAAGCAUAAAUAUAUAUGUAUAUGUAUGUGAACACACACACACAAUUACACAACUGAAGAAAUUUACUAUUUAAUUAAUAAAUAAAUAUUAACAGUUAGUUUAAACAUUAAUUAAAUGUGUAUGUAUGUAUUGAGUAAGUGUAGUGCGCAAAAUAUAGUAUAGUGUAUAAUGAAGCGUUGAAAUAUGGUAUAAUGAUAAUGAUAAAUGAGCGAUUGCAUUUUUGUAGUUUUGCACAAGAGAAAUAAAUAAACACCGUAAAAAAGUAAAAAAAAAAUAAUUAAUAAAAAAAAAUAUUUAAAUAGUAAUUGCACGAGUAAAAAAUAUGAAAAUUAAACAUAAAUUUAUUCAAUUUUAGGUAAGCAAGCAAUCACACGCGUGAUUGCUAAUUGUAGUUGCACAUAUACAUAUAUAGACAACACUGCAUAGAAUAGAAAUGCAAAUCAUCACUAACUGUAAAUACAUACAUACAUUCAUACUAUAGCUGUAAACAGAACUUAGUUAUAUUUGCGUGUAAUAACCGUAAACGAAGUGAAACGAAAUGUGUGAAUUCAAUUUAAAUGAACGAAUUUGUAAAAAGUUAAAACUAAAAAUAAACUUAAAACAUUUAAUGCAAUUAA